AACCAGCUCAGUUCUUUCUUGCUCAAUCUCUCAAUUCUUCCCUCCUCCCUCACGUUUCUCAAAGCAAAGCAGGUAUAAUUAUAAACGAGAAGAUGAGUGAGGUUAGGAGGGGAUGCUUUGGGUUUCUCCUCCUGAUUUUGCUCUGCUCAAACUUUGAUGGGUGUGAAGGGAGGAAAGGAUGGCAUUGGAGGCACAGGCAGUCUCCCUCUUCUUCCCUGGCUAGGAAGAAGGGUAGAGGAAACAAUGGCGCCGGCAACGGCCAUAGCAGCGGGGGAGGUGGAGCAAGAGGUGGGGGACGUAGUGGUUAUCUGAGUCCAUUGCCACCGCCACCGCUGCCACCGCCUCCUAGUCCUAGCCCAUACCUGAAAAAUGGUUCUCAGGCAGCCCCAGCUGCAGCCAUGUUCGAUGUACUUGAUUUUGGAGCGAAGGGAGAUGGCGUCACAGAUGACACCAAGGCUUUUGAGGCUGCAUGGGCUACUGCUUGCAAGGUGGGUGGAUCAGUUAUGGUUGUUCCAGCAGAAUUUGAGUUCCUUGUCGGCCCUAUCUCCUUCUCUGGGCCUUAUUGUCAGACCAAUAUUGUUUUCCAGCUGGAUGGGAUGAUUAUUGCCCCGACUAAUGCCAAGUACUGGGGUUCAGGACUUCUAUGGUGGAUUGAGUUCUCAAAGCUGCAAGGCAUAACAAUUCAAGGCAGUGGAGUAAUAGAAGGGCGAGGCAGUGUCUGGUGGACAAACAAUGAGCCUGAUGUUGAUUCACAGAUAAAGGAGGAGCUAAGUCUGGUGCUGCCAAAGAUCAAACCAACGGCAUUAAGGUUCUAUGGGAGCUACAACGUUACAGUGAGGGGUAUCACAAUUCAAAACAGCCAACAGUGCCACCUCAAAUUUGACAACUGUGAAACUGUCCAAGUCUACAACAUGACAAUCGCUUCACCUGGCAAUAGCCUCAACACAGAUGGAAUCCAUCUGCAAAAUUCAAGAGAUGUUAUGAUCCAUCAUACCAACAUGAGCUGCGGUGAUGACUGUGUGUCUAUCCAAACGGGGUGCUCAAACAUUAACAUCCACAGUGUGACCUGUGGGCCUGGUCAUGGAAUCAGUAUCGGUGGCCUGGGAAGAGAUAACAGCAAAGCAUGUGUUUCCAACAUAACUGUAAGGGAUGUCAAUUUGCACAGCACAAUGACCGGUGUCAGAAUCAAGACCUGGCAGAUGUUGCACAUAUUGUCACAGGGCGGAUCAGGCUCAGUCCAGAACAUAAGAUUCUCAAACAUAAGAGUGACAGAGGUCCAGACUCCUAUUAUGAUCGACCAAUUUUAUUGUGAUCGAAGCUCUUGCAAGAACCAGACAUCUGCAGUUGGUCUGUCAGGCAUUGCAUAUGAGAAUAUCAAAGGGACUUACACAGUGAAACCAGUGCACUUUGCAUGCAGCGACGCCUCUCCAUGUUCAGACAUCACUUUAACCCAGGUUGAGCUUCAACCACUACAAGAGCACUAUCAUAUGUAUGAACCUUUCUGCUGGCAGACCUAUGGCGAACUGUAUACCCCAACCCUUCCUCCAGUUGUCUGCUUGCAAAAUGGAAAACCAACAAGUAACCAUAUCUUAUCUGACCAUGAUUUGUGCUGAUUCAACCUUGGUCGAUCGAGUUAGUAUAUAUAUUGAUGUACAUAUAUAUGUGUGUCGUUCUACUAGGUUGUCCAAUUAAUAGGCAUUGUUUUGUUAUAAGAAUAUAUAACAAUAGUUCAUUUCCUACUUAAUGAAUUUUAUAUA